CAGUAUCGCAGAGAACGUCUUAAGAGUAGACAGCACUGAACAUCUAAGCUUCAGAAAGGGGUUUUAUCUGAAACAUUUUCCCCAAUGUGACUUUGUUAGAGUGAAUGAGAACUCAGUCAAAGAGAGAGUGAUUGAGAAUUCAGUGGAAGAGAAAUAAGAUACUACUCCAACUAAAAUACGUAUUUUAAUAGUGAAGGUUAUAAAGAAUUAAUUACAGAGAAAAAAGUACCAUCUUCAAGUUUAUAUUUACAGUUUAUUUGGAUUCCACAUUUCUUUGGAAAGAGUAUGAAGACCAAACGCUCCUGGAAUGUCCGACCUUCUAACAUUGCAGCAAGUACAGUUAACCCAAUUCGUUCUAUAGUCGACAAUCUGCACAUCACUCCUAACCCUGAAAAAAACGUCAUUUCUCUUUCAAUAGGCGACCCUACAACUUUUGGCAAUCUUCAACCAUGUGAUGAGAUAACUUCGGCUGUUGUUGAGAGCGUCACUUCAAUGAAAUACAAUGGAUACGCUCCUUCUACAGGAUAUCACGAAGCGAGACAAGCUGUUGCUGAAUAUGCAUCGAGGGAAACUGCAUCGUUAGAACCAGAGGAUGUUAUAUUAACCAGCGGCUGCUCACACGCUUUAGAAAUGAGCAUUAUAGGACUUGCGAAUCCUGGCCAAAAUAUCCUAAUCCCAAGGCCGGGAUUUUCCAUCUACAGAACUGUUGCUGAAUCAAUGGGCAUUGCAACAAGAUCCUAUGACCUUCUGCCCCAUCUUGGAUGGCAAGCUGAUUUGGAAAGUAUGGAAUCUCAGAUAGACAGUCAGACAGCAGCCAUCAUCAUCAACAAUCCAUCAAAUCCGUGUGGAUCUGUAUAUUCCAAACGCCAUUUGCGAGCAAUACUAGAAAUUGCCAACCGAAACUGUGUUCCUAUAAUUGCGGAUGAAAUAUACGAAGAUUUUGUUUUCCGUGGAGAAGCUUUCCAUCCUAUUGCCUCUCUGUCGACUAAAGUUCCCAUCUUGUCUUGCGGUGGAUUGACUAAAAAGUUCCUCGUACCUGGCUGGAGAAUGGGAUGGAUCCUUAUACACGAUCGUCAAGAAAUAUUUGGACCUGCGGUAAGAAGCAUGUCAAUCAGUUUCAUUAAACAUUUAUUAAGAACUGUUUCUUCUUGCAAAGAAAAAAGACGGCUUGUAGGAGUAUUUCCAAGAAUAUUAUUACGAAAUGUACAGACGUGAUAAGAUAGUUUUAGG